ACCACCAAGAGUCGUCUAGUAGUUAUAUGACUUCUAUGUGAGUACUCCGGCUGUACUUCUAAUAUUGCUGACCAGCAGGUGAUGCUGUGCGGAAACGCAAUUCUCUGAGGAUUGAGCCAAGCGGGUGUCCGUAUAGAGACGUGCAGCUUGGAUCGUGCGCAGUGUUGAGAGUACAGAGAGCGCAGAGCUGACAGCAUUUAAAGGGCACCAUGAAGAUUUUACUAAGUUGCCUGCGCUUCUCCCCAGUAUGGAGGGGCCCGAGAUCAGCUGCUUGUGUGAUGCAAGGUGGCAAGUUGCAGCGUUUCCAGUCCUAUAACACAGCAGAGGAAGGAAUCGAAGAAGAUAUUCAGUUUGCUGCAACGAAUCAGGAAAGUUCCAGUCUCCUGUAUCCUGAUCACAUCCCCACCAACGCUGUGCAGAAACUGCUGCUUUCCGCUGGCUCUGCUGUGAUGGCUUUAUAUGACCCCUACAGACAUGACAUGGUGGCAGUCCUUGGGGAGACCACAGGAGCGGUUGCUUUACGAAAGCUUCGGGAUCAAAUGAGAAGAGACCCAGAAGGAUUACAGAUCCUGCAAGAGCGACCCCGUAUCAGCACGUCCACGCUUGAUAUGCAGGCAUUACGAGAAAUGCAAGACGGGACCCUUGGCAGAGAAUAUGCCAGAUUCCUCGAUGUCAAUCGUGUUACCCCCGACACCCGCAUGCCGGUGAAGUUUGUGGAUGAUGAAGAGCUGGCAUACGUGGCACAGAGAUACCGUGAAGUCCAUGACCUGAUGCACACGCUACUGGGGAUGCCGACCAACAUGUUGGGUGAGGUUGUGGUGAAAUGGUUUGAAGCCGUCCAGACCGGGCUGCCCAUGUGUAUCCUUGGGGCUGCUUUUGGGCCUCUCCGUCUUAACAACAAGCGGAUGCAGAAGUUGGGGGUGCUGGUCCCGUGGGCGGUACAGAGCGGCCGCAAUGCACACUGCGUUCUCAACUUCCACUACGAAAAGCGCUGGGAGCAGUCUGUGUUGUCCCUCAGGAAAGAGAUCGGAAUCUUGCCUUUGCCAGAGAUCAAAGUUUAAACCUGAGAACGGUUUCGGCCAUGUUUUUCCCAUAAUGCCAUUAAAAUACGGGGAUCCUGUUGGACUGUGACUGCCCUUGUGUUGUUGCCGGUUAAUGGCCGCUCUACAUCAGCAGUAUUUUAUAGAGCCCUUCUAUUGAGAUAUAUAUAUUUUUUUUUACUGGGACAAGCUCAGCCCAACAGGACAACAUGGCUGAAAAUCGUGUGACAGGCAGCGGACGUUUUGAAACAAAUUUCCCAAAGCACAAUUUAAAGGGAAACUAAAUAAGUCUGCUCUGUCCAUUUAUCUGUAUUGUGCAAUGUGUAGUGUUCAUUGAAACUGCUUUAGGCAUCAGAAACCAAAGCACUGCUGCACCUUUUUUUCUACUGUAUAAUGUGAACGACAGGAGUCUCCAGCUGAAUCCUUCGCUCCCCACAUAUGAAAGCAAUACUUUAUAUACAUCCCUUCAUGUGCCUUAAUUUAUUAAAUCGACUGCCACUUUCUUUUUUUAUUCAUCGUUAUUCGUGGCACAAUUAAAAGGGUUGUACUUCCUGUCAAUUCCGAUUUUAUAUAUGUUUGUUCAGCAUUCUCGUGUGCACUCUCGCUAUCCAAUCAAAGACCUCCCGUGAGCAGCAGUAUAAGAGAACGACUAUAUUUGUUGCCGCACAGCAGGAUGGGGAUGAAAUGAUCGUAGACAAAUGAGCACCAGAAAUCUCCUCCCUGUCAUGCCAGCAAAUAAAUAAACAUUGUUUUCGGUUGCAAAUAAA